CAGGGAGUAGCAGCAUCAACCUCUUCAGAAGUUUGGACUGGAAUUCCACUAAACAACGCUUGGAGAAUUGAGAAGAUGGUCUCCCUAACCCUGGCACGUCUUGGCCUUAUCGUCGUCUUCUGUGGCAUGUCCUGGAUUCUGUCCUGCGAGGGCCGACCCAGAGGGAUGAGGUCGGUUACCGAGCAUCAGGAGAUGCACGACAGGGGUCAUUUUCUCCAGGACUGGAGGAGGCUGCAGUGGCUGGAGAAGGUGAUGGAAGACUUGCACACAGCUGUCGAAGUCUCUCCUGGUGAUGCAGGUGUGGGGAAGACAGAACCGCCUUCUCUUCCUCAAAUUCCAAACUAUCUGGAGGAAAGCAGCAGUCGCCAACAGGACAUGAGACCAGAGAGUUUCCUUGCCAGUGGUCCAGAGGAGGGAGCAAAAUGGGAUCUUUCUGGUGCUCAGAGGUGACCGACACUCAGAACAAUCCAUUUGGAGAUCCUGCGAGUGAUCCCAAAUAAAUCAACUGCUCUAGGAUAUAAAUGCAUAAAAUCACCUUUAUUUCAUUGGACAGGAACAGGCCAUUCAUCCCACAAUCUCUGCACUGGACAUAAUGCCAAAUUAGACUAACCCCUCUGCCUGCGCGUGAUCCAUUCCCCUCCAUUCCCUGUGUAUUCAUGCACCUAUCUAACAGCUUGAUAGAGGUGUAUAAGAUUAUGAGAGACACACAAUGGACAGCCAGCAACUUUUCCCCAGUCCGCAAUGGCUAAUA